AUGCUGAAGCACGAGUUCUCUGUGGACCCAACUUGUGAAAGCAGCUCUAAAGUGGUCCACCAGGUGCUCAACAAGCUGGGAGGAGAGGAGUCUGACAUUGACCUGCCCAACAAGAAGGUUUGCUUCAAUUCUGAGCACAACAUGGACACUCUGCUGGAGAACUUGGAGAAAACAGGAUAG